GCGCCAAUUGAGCUAAAGGUUUUUUCGCACAAGCAUUUAAUCAUCAUGACCGAGGGAGCAUCUCCUAAAGGCUUGUCGGCCAAGCUAGACAAGAAACGCAAGCGCCAGGCUGAGGAGUCCGCACAGCAAAACAAGCCUCAGGCCGCACCCGCCACAGCGCCGGCAGCUUCAGCGGAUGGCCCGAAUAAGAAAAAGCGCAAGAAGGGAAAGAAGAACAAGCAGCAACCGGAGCAAGAUGUGAAGUCGCAGGAUCGCAAAAGUGGUGUUGACGAGUCCAUUGGGAAGAUGGAUGGUCGAUUGCUGGCCGAUUACUUUGCGCAACGGGCACAGAAGCUGGACAAGGAGCUUUCGGCGGUGGAGCUUAGUGACCUUUCAAUUCCGGAUUCGGCAUUCCUCGAUACUUCCUCGUUCACCGAGCCUCGAUCGUUGGACAAACUUCCCGAUUUCCUCAAGGCGUUUAGCCCGAAGGGUGCAGACUUGUCGAAGGCGUCAGAAACGAAAGGUAGCCCCCAUACGCUGGUGGUGUCCUCGGCUGGGCUUCGAGCGGCGGAUGUGGUGAGAGCACUUCGAACUUUCCAGAACAAAGAAUCGAUCGUAGGGAAGCUGUUUGCGAAGCACAUCAAGCUUGAGGAAGCGAAGCAAUUCCUUGAACGGGCACGGACGGGAAUGGGUGCGGGAACGCCAGCCAGAAUAUCUGACUUGAUCGAGUCCGGAACUCUCAAGGUGGAUGAGCUGGAGCGCAUUGUUAUUGAUGGAUCCCACAUUGACCAGAAACAGCGGGGUAUUUUUGAUAUGAAAGAGACACACUUCCCGCUGUUGCAGUUGUUGGCUCGGCCGGAGCUGCGUGAGCGGUAUGGAACUAAGAAGAACCGGGUGCAGAUUCUAGUGUUCUAA